ACGGCGUCACGCCCCUGAGAACCGAGAGCGGCGGCGGCGGCGGCCGCAGUCCGCACCGGGUACCGGAGCCAACCGGAGCCAACCGGAUUGAUCCAGUCCGAACCGAUCCGAACAGAACCGGAUCGAUCCGAACCGGACAGAACCGAACCGGACCGAUCCGGAGCCCUCCGCCGUGCCCCUCUUCGCCCGGUACCGCGGGCGGCCGCGGCCGCCUCCCUCGCCUCAGGAUGUCGGUGCUGGAGCCGGCCGGCGGCGAGGAGGUGAAGCAGGCCAAGGAGGUGGAGGACGCCGAGAAGUAUUCCUUCAUGGCCACCGUCACCAAGGCCCCCAAGAAGCAAAUCCAGUUUGCAGAUGACAUGCAGGAGUUCACCAAGUUCCCAACCAAGACAGGCCGACGCUCCCUGUCCCGCUCCAUCUCCCAGUCCUCCACUGACAGCUACAGCUCCGCUGCCUCCUACACAGACAGCUCUGAUGAUGAAGUGUCCCCUCGGGAGAAGCAGCAAAGCAACUCCAAGGGCAGCAGCAACUUCUGUGUCAAGAACAUCAAACAGGCAGAGUUCGGGCGCCGGGAGAUCGAGAUUGCUGAGCAAGACAUGUCUGCUCUCAUCUCCCUCAGGAAACGAGCGCAAGGAGAGAAGCCUUUGGCUGGAGCUAAGAUCGUCGGCUGCACCCACAUCACGGCACAGACCGCGGUGCUGAUCGAGACGCUGUGUGCGCUGGGAGCUCAGUGCCGCUGGGCUGCCUGUAACAUCUAUUCCACCCAGAACGAAGUGGCAGCUGCCUUGGCAGAGGCUGGUGUUGCUGUGUUUGCCUGGAAGGGGGAGUCGGAGGAUGACUUCUGGUGGUGCAUUGACCGCUGUGUUAACAUAGAUGGCUGGCAGGCCAACAUGAUCCUGGAUGAUGGUGGGGACCUGACCCAUUGGGUUUAUAAGAAGUACCCCAGUGUCUUCAAGAAGAUCCGAGGGAUCGUGGAGGAGAGUGUGACCGGUGUGCACAGGCUCUACCAGCUCUCCAAGGCUGGCAAGCUGUGUGUCCCUGCCAUGAACGUCAAUGACUCCGUCACCAAGCAGAAGUUUGAUAACCUGUACUGCUGCCGGGAGUCCAUCCUGGACGGCCUCAAGAGGACCACGGAUGUGAUGUUCGGAGGGAAGCAAGUGGUGGUUUGUGGUUAUGGGGAGGUUGGCAAAGGCUGUUGUGCUGCUCUGAAGGCCCUGGGAGCCAUCGUCUAUGUCACGGAGAUCGACCCCAUCUGCGCCCUGCAGGCCUGCAUGGACGGGUUUCGGGUGGUGAAGCUGAGUGAAGUCAUCCGUCAGGUGGAUGUUGUCAUCACCUGCACAGGGAACAAGAACGUGGUGACCAGGGAGCACCUGGACCGCAUGAAGAACAGUUGCAUUGUGUGCAACAUGGGCCAUUCCAACACCGAGAUCGAUGUGACCAGCCUGCGGACCCCGGAGCUCACCUGGGAGCGGGUCCGUUCCCAAGUGGAUCAUGUCAUCUGGCCCGAUGGGAAGCGUGUGGUGCUGCUGGCUGAGGGCCGGCUUCUGAACCUGAGCUGCUCCACGGUGCCCACCUUCGUGCUCUCCAUCACGGCCACCACUCAGGCACUGGCUCUGAUUGAGCUCUACAACGCUCCCGAGGGCCGGUACAAGCAGGACGUGUACCUGCUGCCCAAGAAGAUGGAUGAGUACGUUGCCAGCUUGCAUCUGCCUUCCUUUGAUGCCCACCUGACGGAGCUGACGGAUGAUCAGGCCAAGUACCUGGGACUCAACAAGAACGGGCCCUUCAAACCCAAUUACUACAGAUACUGAUGGAGCACACAGGAAGGAGCACACAAGGCAACGUUAGAGAGAUUAUUUUUAAAGAUCCUUUUUAUUUGGGUUUAUUUUCUCCUUUUUCUUUCUUUUCCCCAACAAAAGAACCGGUUUUACAUAGACCCAAGUGAUUUAAGGUCACUUUUCCUUCCCUUCUCUCCCUGUUUUGCCCUGUGGCUGCUCCCAUCCCUGCUCUCCGCAGCCAUCGGGGGAUGUGCUGCUUGGAGGCUCUUCCCAUUCCUUGCCCCUUUGCUGCAGUGAUGCUUCUGGGUUCUCUGCCACCUUCUGUGGUCCUUCCCUUCCCCUCUGGAUCCCGUCCUUUGGAUGAUCCCAAACCUCCUCCAUUGCCUUAAAGGGAGCCGAGCGGCCCCUGGUGGCCACCCGGGGAACAGCUCCGCAAGCCGGGCCUGGCUCUGGGCUGCUCCCGAUGCUCAAGCGGCGUUACCCUCAUCCCUGCUCGGUCUGUGGUGCUGGGUUACAGCCACACUGCACCAUAACUGCGUUAACCCCAUGGGGCGCUUUGGGUUUCCUUCCUCUUUCCCUGUUGGAUCCUUAGGAUGGAGGAGGGGAAGCAGCAGGGAUGCGGCCCCGUCUCGCAGUGCAGCAGGGCUGGGUUGAAGGGGUUUAUUGUGGGGUGCCUCUGCUGUACCCAGAGCCCUCUGCUCCCUCGCAGUGCGUUUCAGCCGCGCUCAUCACCUCCUUCCUCCCCUUCCUCAUCCUCUCCGGGGACGUUUCCCUUCCCCUGCCGCUCGUCCCAGGCAGGUUCUCUUGGCUCCUUUUACCCUCUUCUGUGCUCCCCCCAGCCCAAGAGCACGGAGGGAAGGAGGAUCCCGGCUCCUGGUACAUGGAUAAUGGAGAUGCUGUGGUCCACAUGAGGCUCCUGGGUCCCUGAGCAGCUGUGGGGUGCAUGGGGCAGAAGGGGAGGGAUGCUCAUGGCUUUGAUCACCCUCUCCUUUGGCUCCUCUCCUCCUUGGCUUGGGAUUCCCCUGCUCCCAAGGCUCCAUUCCCGCAGGGAGCGGAUGGGAUCAUUCCCCCUUGGCCUGGGAGGGGAUCCCUGCACUGGGGGGGUCACAGCCCCACAUUCCCCCCCCCAUUCCCACACUGGGGAGCCUGGGGCUGGCAGCGUGGGGCCGGGAGAGGUUUAUUUUGUAUAUGAAUGAUUUUUAAUGGAUGCAAUAUUAAUCCUCGCAGAUGAGCAAUAAAUCAUUAAACUCGAAUUAAACUAUUAGGAAAAACGAA